AUGCCGAGUACAUGCACCAUGAAGCCUAUUGUUCUAUACACACAUCCCGUCUUUUUGAAAUCCACAGAACUAGGCACUAAUCCCUGGAAAUGCGCUAUCAUCCUCGAGGAGCUCAACUUGCCUUACGAAAACCGAUUCGUUGAACCCGAAGAUGUAAAGAAGCCCCCGUUCACAGAUCUCAACCCUAAUGGAAGAGUUCCUUGCAUUGAGGAUCCCAAUACGGGCAUGGUACUCUGGGAAUCAGCCGCCAUCAACGAGUAUCUUGUACAAACAUAUGAUCCUUCGGGGACGCUCUGGUGUCCUCAAGGACCAGAUCAUUUCAAUAUGAAGCAGUGGCUGUAUUUUCAAAUGUCGGGCCAGGGACCGUAUUACGGACAAGCUGGCUGGUUUGUCUUCAGACAUCAUGAGUAUCUUCCAUCAGCGAUAAGCCGCUACCGAAAAGAGAUUCGGCGCGUCAUUGGGGUGCUGGACAUUGCUCUCGCUAACAAAGAAUAUCUUGUUGGUAAUAAAUGUACAAUCGCAGACCUAGCUUUUGUGACAUGGGAUGAGGCGGUGGCUGAUAUGUGUGAGGGUGAACUUUUUAUGAAGACAUUAUAUGAGGACUGUCCGAAUUGGACUUCUUGGAGGAAGCGUCUUCUUGCUCGACCGGCCGUGCAGCGGGCUUUGCAAGCCAAAGCGAAAGCAUUGCAGGAAGCAGGGCCGAGUAUAAUACCUAAGAAUUGGGAACAUGAGAAAAAGGAAGAUAAUGCAGCAUAUGACCUCAAAACAUGA